CCCUCACCUCUCUUUUGAUAUCUCUGCCAAUUGUAAUUAACUCCAAUGAUUUCCUCUCGGGCUUUCUCUCUCACGAGCAAGCCAUUCCUUCCCGCCACAUGUCGCUCGUUCGGGACUUUCUACGGUCAUGAGAACCGUAACAUUAUUCGCAGCUUCAAGGUUGCCAGACUAUGGCACAAAAAUUACAUGCUACAAAGUAAGGAGAUUCCGAAAUGCAGUCAUCGCCUCUCGUUUUUCAUCUCGUAUUCAACGGAUUUAUCAGGAAGUGACGAUUUCCCUACGUUUGAACGGAAGGGAGAUGAUGUUAAGGUAAAGGUAUCGUCUGCCUACGAAUCGAUUAAGACAAAGGGAUUGUCACCCUCCAAAUGGAUAUACUUCAGGCACGUAGAUGACGGCAGUGGUGACGUUAGUGUAAAGGACCAGAAGGUACAAAUUCACUACCGGGUCUUUGAUAAAGAAAAAAAAGAGCUUGACAAAACUUACCACCCAAAACGCGGUCCUGAAAUAAUAGGUCCAGGCGAGAACGAUAUCUGUCAAGGCUUGUAUGAAGGAAUUGUGGGCAUGCGAAAAGGGGAAAGAAGAAUCAUCGUCCUUCCACCGUCUUCGGAUUUGACCGGUGACCACCGAAAGAGUUCAUGGAGUCAUCUCCCGAAAUUCAUGACGGGGAAACUGUCCAGUUACUCCGAAGAACAUAGAAUCUAUGAUGUGCGCUUGGUCGAAAUCAUUGGAUGACCAACUUGAUCAGGAGACCAAAUAAGGGGCUUUAAUUUUUAGCUCACCCGUGGGUUUAGUAAGAAUAGUCUCAUUAUUAAGUGUGUAUUUAAUAAUGAAGCAUUAUUAUGCUUAUGUAAAAAAACGUUUGAACUAAGUAAUAAUAAUUUGAUAUUUAAGAAAA